UUGUUGAACACAAUUAAAGAAGAAGACAAAAUGCCAGAAUAUGAUGAAGAGACCAAGAGGCUUAUAGAAGUGGCUGAUGAAGCACGGCGGAAGUUUGAGGAUGCAGAUAACAAGCUCAGAGAACUGGAAAAUGAAAUCAACGCCAUCAAGAAGUACCUUGAACUAGACCUUGGACCACAGGAAGAAUUCUCUGCUUUGAAAGGUCAAUGCUUCGAGUACACAGAGAGGGAGUACACAUAUAUACUGUGUCCCUUUGACAAAACUUCACAGAAACCUAAAGGUGGAGGCAUUGAGACCAGUUUAGGGGUCUGGGGCCACUGGUAUGGUCCAGAAGAGGAUAAAUAUGAUGCCAUGAAGUAUGAAAAUGGUCAAGGCUGUUGGAAUGGGCCUAGUCGUUCAUGUCAUGUAAAUCUACACUGUGGAGCUGAGAAUGCUUUGACAGGAGCCUCAGAACCAAGCAGAUGUGAAUACCAGUUUGAGUUCACCACCCCAGCUCGGUGCUCAGAGCCAGAGCCCACCCUGUCUUCUGACAUCCAUGAAGAACUUUGA